AACUCAACAUUCACUGUGUGUAUUGUCCUUCUUUCCUCACAGCCUAACGUGGUGAAGACACAGACAAUCACCAUCUCAGACGUGUCUAACUCCCUGCGAGGAGACGUCUCUAACAAGGAGGCCCCCGUCGUGCACACUGAGACCAAGACCAUUACCUAUGAGUCAGUGCAGCCCAUAGACAGCGUGGCAGAGAGGGACUCCGGAGUGCUGCUGAGUGCCCAGACCAUCACCUCAGAGACAGUCAGUACAACCACCACCACUCAGAUCACAAAGACGGUGAAAGGAGGGAUCUCAGAGACUCGCAUUGAGAAGAGGAUUGUUAUAACUGGGGACACAGAGAUCGAUCACGAUAAGGCUCUGGCCCAGGCCAUCAAGGAGGCGAAGGAGCAGCACCCGGACAUGUCUGUGACCAGAGUGGUGGUGCACCAGGAAACAGAGAUCACCCCAGAUUAACCCCAGACUCACCUCUCCUAU